UGUGUAACAGCUGACCAGAGCACAGAGGCACAAAUAGUCUCUAAGUGGUAAAGUUACUCGAUCGGUUACUUAGUGCAUUUCAUUUGAUAUAAAAGCCACGAACAUUCUCCAUUGUUCGACAACAAGCAGUUGUAUGCAGUUGCAGUGUAAAGAUUCCCUGUGCCCUGACUGGAAUGCUCAGAAGACCUGUACAGCUACUGACUGGAAACUGAGUAAAGAGCAAGGCAUUUUCAAACCACUUUUACCUAAACCAGAGGAGAAUGUCACGUCAGCUGCAUGCUCGCCGUAUUGAAGGAGUGGAAAAAAAUAUUUGGUUGGAGUUUACCCAGCUAGCUGCUGAUUGCAAGGCUGUAAACCUCGGCCAGGGGUUUCCAGAUUUCUCACCUCCAGACUUUGUGAAGAAAGCCUUCAUACAAGCGACUGGGGGAGAAGACUUCACUCUGCAUCAGUACACCCGGGCUUUUGGCCACCCUGCUCUGGUGAAGAUUCUGUCUCGAUUCUUUGGAAAGAUCAUGGGAAGGCAGAUUGACCCUCUAGGAAAUAUAUUGGUCACAGUGGGGGCCUACCAGGCUCUGUUCUGCACGUUUCAGGCACUGGUGGAUGAAGGAGACGAGGUGAUACUUAUAGAGCCAUUUUUCGAUUGUUAUGAGCCGAUGGUGAAAAUGGCUGGGGGCCGUGCUGUGUACGUGCCACUGAGACCAGCAAAAGCAGCGCAGGGGGGCGCACUGUCCAGCAGUGACUGGCUCUUGGAUCCUGAAGAGCUGGCUAGCAAAUUCACCAAAAGCACAAAAGCCAUUGUUCUGAAUACACCAAACAACCCACUGGGAAAGGUGUAUAAGCGAGAGGAGCUGCAGGUGAUUGCAGACCUGUGUGUGAAACACGGAGCUCUCUGCAUCAGCGACGAGGUGUACGAGUGGCUUGUUUACGACGGUGCAGAGCAUGUUAAAAUAGCCACCCUGCCUGGGAUGUGGGAGCACACGAUCACAAUCGGAAGCGCAGGGAAGACCUUCAGCGCCACAGGAUGGAAGGUUGGCUGGGCAAUGGGCCCUGAUCAUCUUCUAAAGCAUGCAAAAACAGUACACCAGAAUUGUGUGUAUCAUUGUGCAACAGCAGCCCAGGAGGCUGUGGCCCAUGGUUUCCAGAGAGAGUUGGAUUAUUUUGGGAAGCCCGAGAGUUAUUUCCUACAGUUCCCGCGGCAACUCCAGCAGAAACGCAGCCGCCUGGUGCAGAGCCUGCUCGCUGUGGGGAUGAAGCCCAUUGUGCCCGAGGGCGGGUACUUUCUGAUCGCAGAUAUCUCCGCACUCAAGGCAGACCUCCAAGACUCUAGCGAUGCCGAUCAAGAACCCUAUGAUUACAGAUUUGUAAAGUGGAUGAUGAAGAAUAAGGGUCUGGCUACAAUCCCAGUGUCUGCCUUUUACAGUGCUGAGCACAAGAAGGACUUUGAAAACUACGUCCGGUUCUGUUUUGUUAAGGAGGACGCCACACUAAACGCAGCUGAGAAAAUCUUGAAAGAAUGGAGUCCACAGAAAUGAGCGCCACAUCUUUAAAAGGAGAAAUCUGAAAAAAGAUUUAUCACUGUACUGUACAGUGCAUUGUUGGGGUGCACAAGCAUUUGUUUUCAAUCAUAAUACAGCCCAUGAUGUACAUUUUGUAGAACAUGGAUAGGGUUUAGUGAAAAAGAGCCAGACCCCUAACACACUGCGUCACCCUGCACACUGUCAACCCUUCUGCAUCCACAGCAAUUUCUCAUUCUACUAAGUACUUCCACCUCUUUAAAAUCCACAUUUGUAUGCACUCUAUUCAAUUCUACUGAUUCUGUUUUGCACAAGAAGUACCUUUUAUGUGACUCAUAAAGAGAGCUUUAAUGCAUGUGGUAGAGAGCAAGCCAACCCCUUCCACCUGCCAUCUGUAAUUGCUUUAGCAGAUGCUAAGAGGUGAAGUUUAAUGAGAGUGGGUGCUGGUUGCCUGAAGAUUAUGACAUUUACGUAAUUUUUUUUUUGUCUGUAUGCCAUCCAAGAUUUCCAGUGCCAGUGUUUGGUUAUGUACUAUCAAUUGAGUGAUUUGUGUACUGGCACUAUUUUCUUCCCAAGUUUUAACCGUUUUAAUGAAACCUGCACCAAAAUUGUAAUAUGCAAAAAAAAUAAUAAAGCGACAAUGAAGUAUCCUA